AAAAGUAUAAACCUUGAACCUCUAAUCCAGAGCACUAGCAUCAGCACCAGCACCAGCAUCACUGACCGAUUGAGUAUUUUUAUAAUUUUUUAUCCAAGUUCCAGAGGCCGCGACCAAGUACUUCUUGAUUAAAGGAAGUAAACAGUUACUUGGAGGUGUUGCUAACAAGCUGUCAAAAAAUUUUACAACUUUGACCUGAACCCGGACUUGGAUCAAGACCUGGAACUGGAGUGAGAUCAAGACCUGGAACUGGUGAUUUAAAAUAAAAUUCGAUUGAGUGAACUGUCAAAAUGGGCUCGUUGACAAGCAGACAGAAUGCUGGAGUUGAAGAAGUUGACAUUGUGUCAAAUCAUGCAUACAAGUAUCCACCGCGAUCAGGAAAUUAUUUUGGAAGCCACUUUAUUAUGGGAGGCGAAAGAUUUGACACUCCGCAGCCAGAAGCGUAUUUAUUUGGAGAGAACGCGGAUUUGAAUUUCUUGGGAAGCAGACCGACACCUUUCCCGUACCCGCCACCGCAGGCCAAUGACCCGACAAAGACUCUGAAGAGUUUGGUCAACAUUAGAAAAGAAUCUUUGAGAUUGACCAAGAGCAUUGAUCCAGCACCGACUUCCUCCGAGUCAAAUGACACCAUCAAUGCGAUAAAACACUUUGGUGAAGGUGAUGUUGAUAAAAAAACCACGAGGUUCAACAUCGAGUUCACUUUUGACUGCGAUGUCAGAUGCGCUAUUACUGUUUAUUAUUUUUGUACGGAAGAAGUCACCGCCAAAGGAGUAUCAUACGUGCCGAGAGACCCAUCAAUGAACUCAGAGACGUAUCACUACAAAAAAGGAGCGAACCAACAGUUUAUUCAGACCUCACAUGUCUUCGACCCGAGUCUUUACAAUGAAGAAGAUUUGCUCUAUAAUACGGACAGGGAGAUUGUGCCGAUAGCGAUCCAUUGCGUGGCUGAGGAAGGCUCUGAAGAGCCCAAGCAGUCUCACACGACGAUAGCGGUCGUCGAGAGACAGUCUGACGGGUCUUAUAUACUGAAGGCUCUGAAGCAAAAGCUGUACGUGGACGGUCUCUGCUAUUUGCUGCAGGAGAUUUACGGGAUAGAAAAUAAAAAUACAGAGAACACCAAGCAGCAGGGCAGCGAUGAAGAUGCUGAGGACAAUGGCUCAGAGUGCGUUAUCUGCAUGUGCGAUGUCCGAGACACAUUGAUCCUGCCCUGCAGGCAUCUGUGUCUCUGCUACGGGUGCGCUGACUCUCUGAGGUAUCAAGCCAAUAAUUGUCCAAUAUGUCGCGCACCAUUUCGUGCUCUUCUGCAAAUAAAAGCGCUGCAGAAAGCUACUGGAGCCAUUAUUUCAAAUCCUCCGAUGCCUGAAGGCAGCUGUGAAAAUAUUCCAUCUGGUUACGAAGCUGUGUCACUGAUCGAAGCUUUAAAUGGACCAUAUACUCCAAGAGUUGUUGUCCCAGCUCCAGAAUCUCCAGAUACUCCUGACACAGACACUGCCAGUGCAAUUCAGGCUGCUGAAGUUUUGAACAGAUCUGCAGAACGAACGCCGGUGUCGAAGCACACGGGUCUAAAAGACGGAGAAACGAUUGUGGGUGCGAGGUCCAGCAGUGCGACUCCCUGUCCAACACCAGAGUUCCGCAUGUCUGUGCUUCUGGCGAGAGACGAGACCGUCGCGUCGCAGAAGGAAUUGCAUGGACGAUCCCCUGGUAUGAGGAGCAAAACCAGUCAUCCGCGUGAUAAGAACUCCAGGACUCGGGACACUCUGAGACUCGUUAAUGAAAAACAGCCUGCUCACUACGACGUAAAUAUUUUUUAUUUACUUACUUAUUACUCUAAUCAUCUUGUACUGAGUGUAAUUAUUUAUCACCAGUCCCAAGGACAAGACGAAGACAGCGAAGCCGAAAAAUUGUCCCCGCUCCUAGACUCCGCCACCAGCGCUGACGGACAGUCUCAUCACCGCAUCUGCGACCUGGACAUCGACGACGAGCUCACCACCGGAGUCAAUGAGAACGACAGUGAAAUAAAUUGUAAUUCCCAUUGA